ACACAAUUGCACCUGAUAUGAUGGUCAAACCUGGACCUACAGUGCCAAGCAAAAUAAGAGAAAGUACAAGAUUUUAUCCUUAUUUUAAGGAUUGUAUUGAAGCUAUUGAUGGCACACACAUACCAGCUAUGAUAUCAGGGCAUGACAUGAACAACUAUCGUAAUCGUCAUGGAACAAUAUCACAAAAUGUAUUGGCAGCUUGCAAUUUUGAUUUGGAAUUCAUUUACAUCCUUAGUGGAUGGGAAGGUUCAGCUCAUGACUCCAAACUACUAAAUGAUGCAUUAGUAAGAAGAAAUGGACUUAAAAUACCAAGAGAUAAUCAAUCAUCAUUACUAGUAAUUGAAGAGGAUGAAACUAUAUUUGAAACUCAAGAGCAACAAAGAAGCAUGCAAAUGAAUGGAGAUCUAAUAUAG